CCCCUAGGGCUCCCGCAGACGCCGGCUCUUCCUGCUUGGCCCGGGCCGCCUCUUCCUGGGCGCCCGCCACCCGCAUCCCCGCUCGCCCCGCGGGGAAUGGGGCCUUUCUCCUGCCUGGGCCGGCCCUCCUGGGCCCCCUGGGCGACCCAGCCCCGCCGUGACUGCCCAGCCCGCCUGGUGCUCCGGACCACAGCAUGAAGGGCGGCGAGGGGGACGCGGGCGAACAGGCCCCGCUGAACCCAGAGGCUGAGAGCCCCGCCGGCUCGGCCACGUACCGAGAGUUCGUGCACCGCGGCUACCUGGACCUCAUGGGGGCCAGUCAGCACUCGUUGCGAGCCCUCAGCUGGCGCCGCCUCUACCUCAGCCGGGCCAAGCUCAAAGCCUCCAGCCGCACGUCUGCCCUGCUGUCGGGCUUCGCCAUGGUGGCCAUGGUGGAGGUACAGCUGGAGAGCAACCAUGAAUACCCACCAGGUCUGCUGGUGGCCUUCAGUGCCUGCACCACAGUGCUAGUGGCUGUGCACCUGUUUGCCCUCAUGGUCUCCACAUGUCUGCUGCCCCACAUUGAAGCUGUUAGCAACAUCCACAACCUCAAUUCUGUCCACCAGUCUCCACACCAGCGACUCCACCGCUACGUGGAGCUGGCCUGGGGCUUCUCCACUGCCUUGGGCACCUUCCUCUUCCUUGCUGAAGUUGUCCUAGUUGGCUGGGUCAAGUUUGUACCUAUUGGGGCCCCGAUGGGCACACCAGCCCCUAUGGUACCUGCCUCCCAGGUAUCUGGGACUCUGCCACCAGUUGCUGCCUCCCUUAGUCCAGCUUCCAAGCCAUCCUCUGCUUCUGUAGCCCCAUCACAGGGGCAGUCACCUGAGCCCUGCCCACCCCAGCAAGUAUGUGGGGGUGGUGGGUCCCAUGGACCAGGCUGGCAAGCAGCCAUGGCCUCCACAGCUAUCAUGGUACCUGUGGGGCUAGUGUUUGUGGCCUUUGCCCUGCAUUUCUACCGCUCCUUGGUGGCACACAAGACAGACCGCCACAAACAGGAGCUGGAGGAGCUGAGUCGCCUGCAGGGGGAGCUGCAGGCUGUGUGAGGCUGAUGUUAGCCAGGGCUGCAAACACUGCCUCCCUGAGGGGUCUGCAAGAGGCCUCAGGUCUUAUGGACCCUUUUCCCUGCCCCUGCCUGGAGCUACUUCCUGUGGCUACUCUCAGGUAGAGACCAGAUUCCUGCCCCAGGGUAUUUUGGGCUGGGCCUUGAGUCAGCUCUCACAUUCCCAGGGAUUCUCUGUCAUUCCACCCCAUGGGUCUUGUAAGUUCUACUUUAUACCUGGCCUGGGAAGAGCAAGGGAAGAAGUGGAAGAUUUAAGUCCAAGAUUCAUACAGUAGGUAGAGAGGAAGCAGGGAGACCCUGGCCAGACCUUUGGUGCUGACCCUUAGCCCUUGCUCAGUACAGGAUGUUGAGGUCAGGUUACAUGCCCACCCAGCUGCUCCAGAAGGCAGUCAACCCUUGCUUUACUUUUCGCAGAAUCUAUUUUAUGGUUGGCAUUUUUAAGAAACUUUUCCCCCUCCCCAGAUUUUGAUGGUUUCCACAUUCUUGCUUUAGUUGCUGUAGAGGUUCUGGGCAUUUCUACGCUAGGCAUAGGUCCAGCCUUUCCUAAGAGUAGCCUAUUUCAGGUGGUUCAAGUGCCUGUCCCACUGCCCUAGGCCCACACGUAUGCAUCUUUAUCUGGUUCUCACACUCCUGGGCUCAGCAAAGGAUUUGUUGAUUGAGGGCCUAUGUGCCCAGCCUGACUCCUUAACAAGGCUUGGGAUGAAGUUUUAAGGGAGGUCUGGUCCCUAACCCUUCUGACUAGCUAUUCUGACACUGAAUUUUUGAUGCAACUUUUUUAUAUAAUAAAAUGCAUUUCAUAGAUAUCCCUGUGGCUGUGAAUGAGGUGAAGGAGGGAUCUCCUUGGGAUCAGGUGACGUUUUCCUAAGAGUCAUGUUGAAACAUGUAUACCUGGGGGUGAGAGGGAAGUGGUUUCCAGGUUUGACCCUCUUCUGGUGCUGACAGGGCUGGUAGCUUCUGAAUGUGGAGACAGUUAUUUCAAGGCUAACAGCUUUUGCACUCUUGUUCCUGAGCCUAGGAUCUCUAUCAGUACUACAGUUUCUUGAGUAACUACUACAUACUAGUUGUCUUAUUAUAGGUUACUUAACCCUCGUAACUACCACUAGGCAAGUCUUUUAUCCCAUUUCAGAUAAGGAAGCUGAGGCCCAGGACUAAGGAUCUUGCCCAAAACCACACAGUUAGUCAGUGAAAUUUUGGGCUACCUUUACCAUCACACAGGGAAUCUUCUGUUGGAUUUGAGAAAAGGAGUCAUUAUCUUUAAACUAUGACAAGAGAAACAAUUUGAUCUUAUCACCCAUGCUUCCAUAUAGUUUUUUUUUUUUUUUUAAGAUUUAUGCAUACAAGAGCUGGGGUACAGGCCACAGGU